AUGACGUUCCAGGACUUCAUGUCCAAUGACCAGUAUGGAUCGGUCGGUGGAGCCUCAUGGGCUGACGACGACCUUCCCAGCUCGUUCAGCAACCCAUUGCCUCCAUCAGGCGGAUCUCGUGGCGGUGAUAGCAGUUGGGGUCGUUCUGAAGGCUCGGAUUUCGGCAGAAGAGGUCCUGGAGCCGACCGUGACAGCGACGGAUGGACUCGUGCUGAACCCUCUGAUUACCGUCGAAACGACCGUGAGCCAGUCCCUAUUCCCGACUCGGCUCCUUUCACUGCUCGUUUGUUGAAUUUGGAUUAUGAAGUGGCUGAAGAGAACAUCAAGGAACUGUUUGCUGAUAGCGACAAGUAUAAGGUUGUGUCAGUGCGAUUACCUCGUGACAGUGUUUCCGGCCGUUUGAGAGGCUAUGGAUUUGUCGAGUUCGAGACCCGUGACUCGUUAGUCGAGGCUCUUAAGUUAGACGGAACUUCGCUCCUCAACCGUUCGUUGAGAGUUGUUGUUAGUGAACGUCGUGAAGACGACAAGUUCAGCGGUGACUGGAGAUCCAACCAAGCAGGCCCAUUAUCAGGAGGUCCAGAUGACUUUGGACCAAGAAGAAGAAGAGGCAGCGGUGGUGCUCCAGGAUUCGAUGAUAACCGUGACUACGACAAUUGGGAGAGAAGAGGUCCAUUACCUCCUAGAGGAGGUGACAGACCCGACAGAAGAGGACCUCCUGUCGAGGACGAUUCUCGUGAUUACGACAACUGGGAGAGACGUGGUCCUCCUGCUGUUAAUCUUGAGAAUGUUCACCCCAGAUACCGUCGUCACCAUGAGGGUGAAGAAGGUGGAGAAGCCGGUCUUAGACGUGGACCCCGUCCUCCUCGUGAAGACGAUGGUCGUGAUUAUGAAAACUGGGAGAGAAGAGGACCUCCUGCCGGUGGUCCUCCACACGACGAAAGACGUCGUUCUAGUCGUAACGAAGACGACGGAAAAGAGCGUGAUUUCGACAAUUGGGAGAGAAGAGGACCUCUUCCUCCUCGUCGAAGAGAACCUAGAGAACCCCGUGAGCCCAGAGAAGGUAAAGAAAGACCUGUUACCGAGGCCGAUAACAACAGCGACUGGCGUGGAAGCCGUGGCGGACCCAGUGCAUCGGGUCAAACCACUGCUCCUCGCGCUGGCCGUAAGAAGCUGGAUCUUAAGCCGCGAACUGUUUCUGCCGGCAGUUCGAACGACGCCCCAUCUCCUAAUGACAGCCAUCGUUCGUCAGUAUUUGGAUCGGCCAAGCCUGUUGAUACUACUAAGAAGUUAGAGGAGGUUGGUGAGAAGUAUGUUCAGCACGAACAUGAGAGAUUCGAGGCCGAGAAGAAGCACCGCGACGAGAUUAAAGCCCGUGAGGAAGAGAGAAAGCAAAAGGACGAGGCCAAAGCCGAGCAACUCCGUAAGAGAUUCGAGGUUUUGAAGACUGAGGACGACGAUGAAGACGAAACUGACGCUGCUGCUGCUGCCGGUUCUCAACCUGCCGACUCGACUGCCGCCGGUGCUGACGAGCCUAAAAAGGAUCAAAAGACCGCCGCUGAGGCCCUGCUGACUACUGAAGCCACUCCUGAAGAGCUCGAGUCCGGCGACUGGAACGUCGUGCCCAACAAAAGAGGCGGCCGCAAGUAA